AUGAGCACUUUGAUUCUUGAUGCUGAUCCUAACGACGAUUUACUAUUCUUAAAUGAGAACCAAGUGCUUCGAUAUGCUUCGCCGUUUGCUAUGGAUGACCUCUAUCUCAAUAAUAUCAACAACAUCUCGCCAAAUGAAAGCCAUUUGUCAGAAUUCUCAAGCGAAGAAGACGAAGAUUUUGAUUUCAAAAUGUUACAGCCUCAAGCACCUCCACCUUCGCCGCAAGCAAAGCCCAUGUUGGACAUCUUGUUUUCUGAAAAACUAAACGCAUCAUUAGAAGCAUGCAUGGUCAAUAACAAGAAUCACAAUCUGGAUCCUACGAGUGCUACGAAUACAGCGACCAUUUACUCUAAUCAUUUAGAACAGCAUGCGCAAACAUUAGAUAAACUACUGCGCAAAACGAUAAAAGAUGAAAAACACAAUAGCUUCAAAAGAAGCACCAAACAAAAGAGGAAUACAUCGGCGUAUGCACAGCACCUCCGAAAGAGCAGCAUCUCUAAAGAAUCCUCAUGCCGCUGGCAAGAUAGAGCUCAAAACCAAAAACUACAGCACGUAGCCAAGGCAACUGAAUACACUGACAAACUAAAGAAGGCGUUCUUGAGACAUCAGCAAUCAUUAGAAGAAGAGGAUAUUGUUAAUGAACUGAGAGAUAUGGGUUUAUAA